GCCACGGGCCCAGAGAGGGGUGAGCAUAGAGAGGAGGAGUCAGGCACUCCUUGAUGCUUAAAUCGCUUUCUCUGAAUUUCCCUCGGCUGGCUAGGUAUGGGGCUUUGCUCCCCCUUCCUUCUGUGGUGCUACUGUCUCUUGCUGAUGCUGCCCGAGACAACCGGGCACGACAGAAGAGAAAAGCAGCGGGAGGGCGGGGAGCAGCAGAGUUCGCAGUCUUUCUGGGCAGAUUUCUCGGAUCUGAAGAAGCACCUGAAGAUCAUGACUGCCCUCUCAAGACGGUACUGGGCUUACUUCUCCUGCAGAGUGUGGCCCCAGGACUGCAAGGAGAAAGAGAAGGCGACCUCCGAGGCACUGGGUUGGAGCCUGCCCCUGUUAGGCCAGCAAUACUUGGAGAUCCUUUCUACCUGGUACUGUCGCUUUCAGGACUGCUGUGCAAGUGGAGACUGUAGAAUCACCAACAAUGUAACAGGCUUGGAGUCAGACCUGAGCACCCGGCUGCACGGCCAACACCUGGCCCGGCACGUAGUCCCGAAAGCCGUGCGGAACUUCCUGGCCUCGCCCCAACCAGAGAAGGCCCUUGCCCUGUCAUUCCACGGCUGGUCUGGCACGGGCAAGAACUUUGUGGCCCGAAUGCUGGCGGACAACCUGUAUCGAGACGGGCUGGAGAGCGAGUGCGUCAAGGUGUUCAUCUCCCUGUUCCACUUCCCGCAUCCCAGAUAUGUGGAUUUGUACCAGAAGCAGCUGAAGCAACACAUCGUGGAAACGGUGGGGCGAUGCCGGCAAGCACUGUUCGUCUUUGAUGAGGCUGAGAAGCUCCACCCAAGUCUUCUGGACACCCUCAGCCGCUACCUGCACCACCACCACAGUACAAAGGAACAGGACUGCCGGAAAGCCAUCUUCCUCUUCCUCAGUAAUCUUGGGGGCAACACCAUCAACGAGCUGGUGCUGAGUUUUCUGCAGACGGGCCAACCGCGAGAGGAGAUCACCCUGGAGAGUCUGGAGCAGGCCCUCCGGGCCGAGCUGCUGGCGUCCGCAGACAGCGGCUUUGGCCGCAGCAGCCUCGUGAAGGACAACCUGAUCGACUUCUUCGUCCCCUUUCUGCCGCUGGAGUUCCGCCACGUGAGGUUGUGCGCGCGCGACGCCUUCCAGGGCCGGGGCCUCCAGUACGGCGAGGAAGCCCUGGAUGAGAUUGCCCGGAUGAUGGUUUAUGUCCCCAAAGAACAGAAACUCUUCUCUGCCCAGGGCUGCAAGUCCAUAGCCCAGAGAAUCAACUACUUCUUGCCCUGAUGACCCACCCGCGGGGGCUGGCCUGGACCAGCCCGACCCUCCACCAACGUGCCUUACGGAAAGGUCCCGGGGAGAAGAGAAAUCACCCAGUGAUGCUGGCCUGGCUCUUGGGACUUUCUGGGUUGGGAAAGAAGGGGCCAAGCCGGGCCUUAACCGCCUCUGUCCCGCCCACCAUUGGUUCCUGAGUAGUCCAGGGCCACCCCACGACCUUCUCUCCACAGGGCCUUCUCUCUCCCUGCUGUUUCGGGUUUUAGGAACCAACUACCCUGGGGUGGGCGAGGGAGCGAAGACCCAAAGGUGGGGCCUGUUCUGGAAAAAGAAAAGAAAAAGAGGAUGUUAGAAAGGAGGGAACCGAGAGGAAAGGACAUCUGGUUGAGCGGAAGUGGCGGGUGCCUGCUCCCGGGCAGUCUGGGGUUUGAGUUCACUGACUUUGGAUUCCAGGGGCUGAUGGGUGGCGCUGACCCCCAGCUUGGACUGAAAACGGUUCUGUUGCUCAGAAAUAUUUAGCUUUUCCAAGAAAAAUUUUGGUAUUUUUUUUUUAAGGGAAAUGUGGGGAAAGAUCGUUUCUGAACGUAAAUAUUAAAGUGUGUAUUUUUGUAA